CAUAAGUCCCUAGGGCAGCGUGACAACCCGUUUCUAAGGAGGACAAUAUGCCCGCUGUUCCCGAGACCGCUCUUAAGCGUCGUAAGCGCGACGAGGCGUGGGCCGCCAACAAGGCCAAGGCCGCCGCGGAGGCCAAGGCUAAGGCCGAGGCCAACAAGAAGGAGAUCUUCAACCGCGCGGAGAAGUACGUGAAGGAGUAUCGUGAUCAGGAGGCUGACCUGGUUCGCCUCAAGCGCGAGGCUCGCGCCAAGGGCGGCUUCUACGUCGAGCCCGAGGCUAAGGUCAUGUUCGUCAUGCGCCUUCGCGGUAUCAACGACAUGCACCCCAAGACCCGCAAGAUCAUGCAGCUCCUCCGCCUGCGCCAGAUCCACAACGGUGUCUUCAUGCGCGUGAACAAGGCGACUAUCAACAUGCUGAGGAAGGUUGAGCCCUACGUCAUGUUCGGCUACCCCAACCUCAAGUCGGUGAAGGAGCUCAUCUACAAGCGCGGGUACGGCAAGGUGAACAAGCAGCGCAUCCCCCUCACCGACAACUCCAUCAUUGAGAAGGCGCUCGGCGAGAAGGGCAUCAUCUGCAUUGAGGAUCUCAUCCACGAGAUCUACACCUGCGGCCCCCACUUCACCGCUUGCUCCAACUUCCUCUGGCCCUUCAAGCUGUCUGCCCCUCUCGGCGGCAUGACCAAGAAGCGCCUGCACUACAUCGAGGGUGGCGAGGCUGGUAACCGCGAGGACAAGAUCAACGCGCUCAUCCGCCGCAUGAACUAAGGGGUUUCUUGGUUCGUGGUGUUGGUGUAACUGGGGUUCCGAUCGCGGCGUUCGACAGAGCGUCGGGAGCCGCGGCGGGAUAUAUACGGGGUUUCUUUGUUUCAGGGCGGAGCCGACUCCGAGCGAGCGCGCGUGCGUGCAUUAGUAGUCUAUGACGUAAUCGCAAUCGUAGGGGCACUUUGCCUGAUCGAAA